ACGCCGGCGCGCGCCGGCCGCCAUGGCGGAGCCCGGGGAGGGCUGCGCGGAGCCCGAGGUGCGGGAGCCGCGGCUGCGGGACACCCCCGAGGACAUCUGCUUCGAGGCCACGGCCAACGCCAUCGCCCUGCACCCGGAGCGGCCCCUGCUGGCGGCGGGGGACGUGGACGGCGAUGUGUACCUGUACUCGUACUCGUGCACCGAGGGCGAGAACCGGCAGCUCUGGUCCUCGGGGCAUCACCUCAAGUCGUGCCGGGACGUGGCGUUCUCCCAGGAUGGGCAGAAGCUUCUCACGGUGUCCAAGGACAAGGCUGUGCACGUCCUGACGGUGGAGGAGGGACGGCUGGAAACCCGCAUCCCCAAGGCCCACGGCUCCCCUCUCAACUGCCUGCUGCCCAUCGACCAGCACACCCUGGCCACGGGCGACGACGGCGGCACGCUCAAGCUGUGGGACCUGCGCAAGGGCAGCGCGGUGCUGGAGGCGCGGCAGCACGAGGAGUUCAUCAGCGCCAUGGCCGUGGACGCACACGGCAAGAUCCUGCUGAGCGCCAGCGGUGACGGCACCCUGGGCGUCUUCAAUGUGAGGAGACGGCGCUUCGAGCUGCUCUCAGAGCCGCAGAACGGGGACUUGACGUCUGUGGUGCUGCUCAAGAGAGGGAAGAAGGUGGCGUGUGGCUCCAGUGAAGGCACCAUCUACCUCUUCAACUGGGACGGCUUCGGGGCCGCCAGCGACCGCUUUGCGCUGCGGGCCGAGUCGGUGGACUGCAUGGUGCCCGUCACCGACAGCAUCGUGUGCGUGGGCUCGCUGGACGGCGUCAUCAGGGCCGUGAACGUGCUGCCCAGCCGCGUGCUGGGCUGCGUGGGGCAGCACCCGGCAGAGCCCAUCGAGCGCCUGGCGCUGGCCCCGGGCGGGCAGCUGCUGGCCAGCUGCGCCCACGACCAGAAGGUGAAGUUCUGGGACGUGUCGGCGCUGGGGACCAUGGUGGUGGACGACUACCGCAAGAAGAAGAAGAAGGGCGGCCCGCUGCGGGCCCUCAGUGCCAAGGCGGCCGCCAGCUGCCAGGAGUUCUUUGCCGACCUGAGGGAUGAGGCCAAGGCGGCUGCGGGCAGCGACGGUGACAGCAGCGACUGAGGGGCCCCGGCACUGAGGGGGCUCCUGGGCUCGGAGGGGGGCACU